GUGUUUUGGUCAAACAAAUUUGUCAAUUCAUCGUGAAAUGUGAAUAGAUUUCUAAAGAUCGCCGAACAUUUAUUUAGUAGUACAAGGAAAACAUUAUUAUUUUGAAGACAGUAUAAAUUUAAAACCUUAUAAAAUGAAUAUAACUUCAGCUGCGGGGAUAAUAUCCCUGCUGGAUGAACCGAUGCACGAAGUAAAGGAAUUCGCCCUAAAACGACUGGAUACUAUUGUUGAUGAAUUUUGGCCUGAAAUAUCUGAAUCAAUUGAAAAGAUCGAGAUUUUACAUGAAGACAAAGUCUUUUCGCAGCAUCAGUUAGCUGCUUUGGUAGCCAGUAAAGUGUACUACCAUUUGGGUGCCUUUGAAGAUUCGCUUACGUAUGCGUUAGGAGCAGGUGAUCUCUUCGAUGUCAACGCAAGAAACGAGUAUGUGGACACUACAAUUGCAAAGGCAAUCGACUUUUAUACACAGAAACGUAAAGCUCUGUUCGUGGACAGUGCAGCGGAGACAAUCGACCCAAGAUUGGAGGCAAUAGUCAAUCGUAUGUUCCAGAGAUGUUUAGAUGAUGGUCAGUACAGACAGGCCCUGGGCUUGGCACUGGAAACACGGCGGAUGGAUGUCUUCGAACAGUCCAUUAUGAAAUCUGAUGAUAUACCAGGAAUGCUUCAGUAUGCUUUCCAAGUGGCCAUGAGCCUUCUCCAGAACCGUGGCUUCCGCAGCACAGUCCUCAGAUCCCUUGUUGGCUUAUACAGGGGGCUGAACAUCCCGGACUAUGUCAACAUGUGCCAAUGUUUGAUUUUCCUUGAAGACCCACUCUCAGUGGCAGAAAUUCUUGACAAAUUGACACAUGGUCCUCAAGAAUCUGUUCUUAUGGCAUAUCAAAUUGCAUUUGAUUUGUAUGAUUCAGCCACACAACAAUUCUUAGGCAGGGUGUUGCAAGCUCUCAGAGUCACGGCACCCAUACCGAGUGCCCUUGGGGGUAAACCACAACCGCAAGGUGGCCCUUUCCCUGAAGCAUCUAUGGAAGUGGAUCAAGCCCCAGCAGAAGAAACAAAGAAACCUGAGAGAGAUAUAGAAAGUCUUAACGAUGAAGAAAAAGAACAUCAGAAGAGAGUUGAAAAAUUAAUAUCAAUUUUAGGAGGUGAUGUAUCAAUAGGUUUACAACUGCAGUUCUUAAUUAGGUCAAAUCAUGCAGACAUGCUCAUCCUCAAAAACACCAAAGACGCAAUCAGAGUAUCCAUUUGCCAUACAGCAACAGUUAUUGCUAAUGCGUUCAUGCAUGCAGGAACAACAAGUGACCAGUUUUUAAGAGAUAAUUUGGAAUGGCUGGCUAGAGCAACAAAUUGGGCCAAACUUACUGUUACAGCAUCACUUGGAGUGAUUCACAGAGGUCAUGAGAAUGAAUCACUUGCUCUUAUGCAAUCAUACUUGCCUAAAGAAGCUGGACCUUCUUCAGGUUACUCGGAGGGUGGUGGUCUUUAUGCCCUUGGAUUGAUCCACGCCAACCAUGGUGCAAACAUCAUUGACUACCUUUUAACACAAUUAAAAGAUGCUCAGAAUGAAAUGGUGCGACAUGGUGGUUGUUUAGGACUGGGAUUGGCUGCCAUGGGCACACAUAGGCAGGAUGUGUAUGAACAACUUAAGUUUAAUUUGUAUCAAGAUGAUGCUGUAACAGGUGAAGCUGCAGGUAUUGCUAUGGGAAUGGUAAUGUUGGGUUCCAGACAUGCAGCAGCCAUUGAAGAUAUGGUUGCUUAUGCACAAGAAACACAGCACGAAAAGAUCUUACGUGGCUUAGCUGUUGGUAUUUCAUUUACUAUGUAUGGUCGUCUUGAAGAAGCUGAUGCUCUUGUUCAGCAGUUAUUGAGAGAUAAAGAUCCUUUGUUGCGCCGCGCUGGUUGCUACACAAUUGCAACUGCUUACUGUGGUACCGGUAACAACGAUUCGAUCCGCACAUUACUUCACGUCGCUGUAUCUGACGUAAAUGAUGAUGUACGUCGGGCAGCAGUAACAGCUCUUGGUUUCUUAUUAUUCAGAACGCCCGAACAAUGUCCUUCUGUUGUGUCUCUUUUGGCUGAAUCUUAUAAUCCCCAUGUCCGUUAUGGCGCGGCUAUGGCCUUGGGUAUUGCCUGCGCUGGAACUGGAAACCGUGAAGCGAUAGGUCUACUGGAGCCCAUGGUCAAAUUUGAUCCAGUAAAUUUUGUACGCCAAGGAGCGCUUAUUGCUUCUGCCAUGAUCCUAAUCCAACAAACUGAAGCAUUGUGCCCGAAAGUGACCUAUUUCCGCCAGCUUUAUGCUCAAGUCAUUUCUAAUAAGCAUGAGGAUGUAAUGGCUAAGUUUGGAGCUAUCCUUGCACAGGGAAUAAUUGACGCGGGUGGCCGAAACGUGACAGUUUCUCUACAAAAUAGAACUGGUCACAUGAAUAUGCUCGCUGUUGUAGGUAUGCUUGUAUUUACACAAUAUUGGUACUGGUUCCCGCUGGCCCAUUGUCUUUCGUUGGCGUUUACUCCAACUUGCCUAAUUGCACUUAACUCUGACUUAAAAAUGCCUCAGCUGGAAUUGAAGUCUAACUCUAAGCCUUCACUGUAUGCAUAUCCAGCACCCUUGGAAGAAAAGAAGCGAGAGGAAAGGGAAAGAGUUACUACUGCUGUAUUGAGUAUUGCUGCAGCUAGAGCGAGAAGGCGCGCGCACGGUACUGAUGGUUCAUCCAGUUUGACGUCAUCAUCAACAUCUAAAAUGGAUGUUGAUGAAGAAGAAAAGAAGCCAUCUAAAUCGCCAAACCCUAACAUAACAGUUCAUGGGAAGUCUGAUAAAGAGGCAUCUAGUUCCAAGGAAGUGAAGAAGGAUGAGAAAGAAGGUGAAGAAAAAGAAACAAAGGAAAAGAAGGAGCCCGAACCGAACUUUGAGAUUUUAAGCAAUCCUGCGAGGGUUAUGCGUCAGCAAUUGAAAGGCCUAUCCGUAGUUGACGGAUCCGGGUACACGCCGCUUAAAGACGUUACCAUCGGUGGCAUAGUGAUGCUGAAUCACUCUGGUGAUGGCGAGCAAGUGCUUGUUGAACCGGUAGCAGCCUUCGGGCCUAAAACUGAGGAGGAAAAAGAACCAGAGCCGCCAGAACCUUUUGAAUACUUAGAUGAUUAGAACGUAAAUUGAUUAUAACUACUGUGUUAUUAUUGUAUGUAAUGAACAAUAAUAUAAAUUGUAAAAGUCCACAAAACUAAUAAGUCAAAAUUAUUGUGCUUCGAUUUUCACAAAUAAAUAAUUCUGAUUUUAAAA